AGGGGCGUUCCACCCCAGACCCACUCAACGUAUUAUUUCCGGCUGUGCGUGUGCGUGUGGUGGACCAACUACAUUUAUUGGAAGUGAUUAUGUCAAUUCUUACCGUGACUUGAAUGAAUUUUUAUUUUGACCAGGGAGAGAUAUGUGUAACAAGAGAAUAGCUAAAUGUGUAUUUGUGCUUUGAUGAAUCUGCCAAGUAGUGUUUCAUGUUUUUUUCAAGAUUCAGAGAAUAAAGUAUAAGAUCCUCCCACCAAGAACUGCUCUGUUCUUGUCCUGUUAUCACGUGGACUGAUUCAUACUUCAAGUUUCGUGAAGCGAAUUAUCUUAUAAAACUGUGAACAGAGAAAUAUAAAUGCUGAAUCUGCAGGUCUAGUCAAGCUAAGCGAGACUAUAGGAGUAAAGAGAGAAAUGACGUCAUCAGACGAGGAGGACAUUCGGUUGAGGCACGAAGAUGAGAUCCAGUUCUCUCCCAUGUCACCAAAUAUUCGAUCCUUUACUCAAUUCACCAAAGAUAAAGACAGUCAAAGUCUGACAGAGGUCAAGGUCUCACAUGGGCAAGACUUCAGUCAGACAGAAGUGAAAAGUUUUGCCAGUUAUGACGAGACUUCGACGAGGGCGUACUUUGAUGAGAAUGUUAGACCACCGUCCUAUAACACUUCUAUAAGCCAAACAGAGGUCAAGGUUGUUAUAGGCCGCAACAACUCUGUCAAUGUCACUACAGCAGAUGUUGGCACCGACACCACAGAUCUCCUUAGUGUCACCGACAAGACCCCGCUGCAAGACGCCAUCGAGAUUCUGAAGCUUCAGCAGGAGGAGAUUAAAAAGAUGCAGUCGAUCCACGAGCACUACUUAAACUUUAUCCUGGAAAGCCAGCCAAACUUACAAAAGGUCUUGGACUUACAUCAUAAAAAAGAUUCAACAGAAGGCCCACGGUCUCCACUUCCUCAGCCACCAUCUCCUAAAGCCAUGAAGGAGACGCCAAGAAUGAUUCACCUGGGAGGUCUGUUGGAAGAGAAAAUCUACAUUCAAUUUGAGCAGCUGUACGUGAAUGCAAAGAUCUUCAAACCAACUGCCAUCGGGGGCUCCAACGGUUUCUACGACGACAUCCUGAGAAGCGAGAUCUCUUCUCUCAAAGAAGCCAACAAGAAGCUCCGAGAAAAGGUAACAGAACUGGAGAAAAAGCUUCAGAACCAGGGUAGACAAAAUCUCCUUAUUCCAAUUUGUUCUGGAAUGAAGGCCAGCAAGUCUCUGACAAGACUAGACGACUGCAAUAUCAAUACUAGCGCCAUUGCAGGUAGACCCACGUCCCCUGUCCCUCCCCCUCUACUUAUACAAGACAUACGACCCAUCGAAAUGACCUUCAAAUGGACCAUCAAUGACUACAUGAAGAAACUUAGAGAGGAAAAACGGAACGGAAGCAAGGAGAGUUCUUGCCCCUUUUAUUUGUCCCACUGCGGGUACAAAGCUCAAUUGGAGGCGUACCUGAAUGGAAAUGGCACAGCGAAAAAUAAAUGCAUCUCCGUGUUUCUAAGGAUCGUCAAGGGAGAGUACGACAGACACUUGAAGUGGCCAGUUAACUUACAUGUAGUGGUCAUCCUGGUCAAUCAGUCAGAGAACAGAGCAGACUCUCUGAAAGCUGGCGGGAACAUGUUCCAGUACACGCAGCCUUACGGCAUGUCAGAGUCCGAGUGUGACAGCUGGGGCCUGGUGGAGUUUGUCAAACAUGACCUCAUCAAAACCAAACAUUACAUCCGAGACGACAGGAUAGUUCUUAAGUGCAGAGUGACCAUUUUGGCCUGACAGUGAUGGACAAGACACGUCCAGGGACUUACGCCGAAGACAUUUCAUCCAUUGUGCACAUGUACAAGCCAUCAUCUCCCAGUGCUUUCACGUGACUAGGCAUAUAUAAAUAAAUAAAUAAAUAAAUAAAUAUGUUUGUGUUGGUUAAAUUUAACCCGCUUUUUUAUAAAUGCAAUCUAUUCAAGUGAUGUUCAAACUAAGGUCCGCGGGUCAGAUUCGGUUCUAUCCAGCCACCUGCAAAAUCGAAUAGGAACGGAUCCUUUGGCAAAGUAAGUAAGAUACGUACUUCCGAUCUAUGGCGCAGAUUAUCUGUUUCUUUGAACUACGGUUAACGAUCAGGGUGUCACGUGGCCAGCACAACAACAAUGAACUGCUACUAAUGUCAGGUACCCAUUAGAAUUGGGGGAACUCAGGGGCGUCCUAAAAGAACCGAAUUAAAAAUUCAGUCUUCGCCGAGAUUCGAGCUUGGAACUUUCCGGUUCGGAAACCUGAGAUGAACUCCUAUUGAAAAAUCAGAGCAGGAAGGACUCAAUCCUCCCUUAGUGCUCUGGCAAGAAACUGGGCCGUUCGGCGUAAUGCCUGGUAGCUACCAUACAUGUCGAGUGAGCUCUCGGAGCUGGGGACACAAGAUAUGCGACACUGGUUCGGAAACCAAAUGAUUUACCUGUUGGCCACCUGGUUACUUAGUAUUGGAUGUUUGACUGUGAUUCAACACGCGUGUCCGAAAUGUCCGAAAUGUAUAUUGUGUCCUCGGGCUGAACAAAUGUUGGGAUCACUGAACUAUGCUAAAAAAUUGUCAUGUUGUUGCAGAUCAUAGAAGAAGGGAGCUGAAAUUUAAAAAAAAAAGUUGUGAUUAUGAUCCGAGAGUCGUUUUUGAUUUCAGUUUAAGUCUUUCUGGUCUGUGCUUUGAGAUGCUACGUGGAAUAUUUUUUAUGCAAAUUAAAAUUACCAAAUAAAACACCAAUAAUUUU